ACGCCAUCUGCGGGUCCCCAAAAGCAGGACAAGCUUCUGAGAGCACCUUCAGGCCAGACAGUGCCCAGCCCCCUCACAGCUUCGUGUUUGUCACUGUUGCUGCACCCUGCAUCCUUGGCCCUCCCUCCCCCUGCACGCCCGAUUCCCUGGUGGACACAAGGCACUGCCCUCAGGCUCGGACUCCAUUUCUCCCCAUCCGUCCCUAUUCCUGUUCCCUCGGAGUCUGCUGCGGCCUCCCUAAGUAGUCCCACGGCAAGAGAAGGGCCAGAAGGAAGAGACACAGUGGGGAUGCAGAUGAGGAAGGCGUCCUGAGGUCAGUACUUCCACUCCAGCCAGGCCCACACUCCCACCUGUGCACAGCAGGCGCGGGGAUGGGGCCUGCACAUGCCGAAAUUUAGCCAAGAGCACACAGCUGAGCGGCUGGCCUUGAGCAGUCUCCCAGUAAUUCGGGGCUGGAUUGCAAGCCUGUGCCCGUCCCCUCCUUAGGAAUUCAAGAAAGGGCCAGGAUUGCAAGCCUGUGCCUGUCCCCUCCUUAGGAAUUUAAGAAUUUUUGUGCUCCCACCAUGUGUCAGGCCUGGAGCCCCUGGUCGGGGACAGGGGACAGAGAUCAGGCAGUCACGGAACACCACCGAGCGGGCACCUGCCCCCUUUCCCAUGCCAUCAUCCUGUUCAGCCACCACAAACCCUGUGGGGAAGUUAAAGCCACCUACAAUACGGGCCACCGAGAGCUAAACUGCUCAGAAGAUUGCCUGCACCCACUCUCCAACUUCUCCCGGCCCUUCUCUCAUGAAUGCGUUCCCGCCGCGCUCACCGAAGCUCCUCCCGUCAAGAUCGCCACCACUGGCCUGCCGGUUGCCGGGUCCACUGGGCAAGCCACCACCACGUCCUCUCGCCCCACCUCUCGACACUAUUGCACAAAACCGACUGCUCGCUCCUCUUGGGCCCACUGCCCCCAUAGGUUUUCAGGACGCCAGCUCUCCUGCUUUUUCUCCUCUGCUUCACUGGCCUCACUUAUCUUGCUGGCUCCUCCUCUGGCCCCAGGAAGCUGGUGUGGCUCGGCCCCUGGGCCCCGACUCUCCUCCAUCUACAUUCUCAGCCAAGGAGACCUCAGCCACUUUCUCGGCUUUCAGUACCCCUGCCUGCAGAGGGCUCCGAAUUCACAUCUCACUUCAGUCCUCAGUCCCACAUUCCGGACUCUACCCAGUACCCAACGGCCUCUCAGCAUCCUCUCCUGGUUGUCUGACAGAACUCCCAGUAGGCCCAUGUUCAAAACUGACUUCUAGGGGCUGGCAGGUGGUGUGGUGGUUAAGGUGCUGGACUCCCACAUGGUUGACCACGG